AUGUACGAUCGGGCGCCACGUAAUUAUCAACUAGUUAUUGGCAGUACGCUCGAUCAUGUUGGUCCAGGAACUUAUGAUCAUCGACCUAAAUACCUAAAAGAAGAAAGUUAUGCACCAUUUUUAUCAUUAUCAAUGCGUGGUGAUGUGUUUAUGAAUGCUGAAAAUCCCGGUCCCGGUCAUUAUGAUAUUCGCAAUAAUCAAGUAACAACGAUAAAGGUAGGUUUAAACACAACUUUUAUUGAUAUAUAUAUGUAUUCAUCAUUGGACACAUAA